AUUGGGUCCUGCAGAUGCAUCCCCUCGCAAGGAAACGUUUUGCGCCUCCAAAAUGAGAGGAAAAGCGUACAACUCCUAAACGCUUUCCUGGUUUCGUGUGUCGAUCACCGGGAAGUCUCAGUCUCCAUCUCCCCGGCCCUCUAUAUAGAUCGCCUCCUUUCCCUUUUCCCCAAACCCUUUCCAUAUCGUCUCCCCUCGGCUGCACCUGCUUCGUCCCUUGCAAAAUCCUUGCCCGGGAGAUAUGGAGGGAGUCAUCUCCACAAAGGGCCUCGUCUCCCUCCCCCCCAAGCCUCAACCUCGCCCCUUCCACCCGCUCCACACCCUUCGCAGUCGUUUCCCCUCCGCCGCCUCCCGAUUCCCCUCGCCGGCCGUCCGCUCCCAGGCCCCCGCCUCCGUCCUCCAUGCCUUCGGCUCCGGGGCGAGAACCCCGUGGAUUCCCACGCCGGCAGCCCCCCCGGACCCCAAGGGGUUGCUCCUUUACCCCGGGCUUUGGGGGAAACCGAGGAAAGCUCCGGUUUUUAGAGCCGGCGCCGCGAUUCCGGCCGACGGAGCUGGCCUUGUCGAGGCGGAGGGGGAGAAGAAGCCCAAGUUCUUGGGCGUCGAGAUAGCGACGCUGAAGAAGAUAGUUCCGCUGGGGAUUAUGUUCUUCUGUAUUCUCUUCAAUUAUACCAUUCUCAGGGACACCAAGGAUGUGCUGGUGGUGACCGCCAAGGGGAGCAGCGCCGAGAUUAUCCCGUUCUUGAAGACGUGGGUGAACCUGCCGAUGGCGGUAGGGUUCAUGCUGUUGUACACCAAGCUUUCGAACGUGCUUUCGAAGGAGGCUCUUUUCUACACCGUGAUUCUGCCUUUCAUAGCCUUUUUCGGGGCCUUUGCGUUCGUGUUGUAUCCGCUGCGCGACGCCAUCCAUCCCACCGCGCUCGCCGAUAGGCUCUUGGCGGCGCUCGGCCCGAGUUUCCUUGGUCCUGUCGCGAUUUUGAGGAUUUGGAGCUUCUGCCUCUUCUAUGUCAUGGCGGAGCUGUGGGGAAGUGUGGUGAUUUCGGUCCUGUUCUGGGGGUUUGCCAAUCAGAUUACUACUGUCGAGGAAGCCAAAGAAUUCUACCCAUUGUUUGGACUCGGAGCUAAUAUUGCCCUCAUCUUCUCAGGACGCACUGUAAAAUACUUCUCUAACCUCCGUAAGACUUUGGGACCAGGGGUUGAUGGUUGGGCAGUUUCACUGAAAGCAAUGAUGAGCAUUGUUGUGCUCCUUGGCCUUGUAAUAUGUGCAAUCUAUGGGGGGGUGAAUAAAUUUGUUGUAAAUGACCCAUCCCUUCCGAGAUCAGAUCGCAAAAAAAAGAAGGAGAAGCCAAAACUAGGUAUGAAUGAGAGCCUGAAAGUUUUGCUGUCCUCUAGAUAUGUGAGGGAUCUAGCCACCUUGGUGGUUGCUUAUGGUAUUAGCAUAAACUUGGUAGAAGUAACAUGGAAAUCAAAGCUCAAGGCACAGUUUCCCAGUCCAAACGAAUAUUCAUCUUUCAUGGGCGAUUUCUCAACUGCAACGGGUAUUGCAACAUUCACAAUGAUGUUGCUAGGCAGAUUGAUACUCCGGAAAUUUGGUUGGGGGGUGGCAGCCAUGAUUACACCCACGGUUUUGCUUCUCACAGGAGUCGGGUUUUUCUCACUAAUAUUGUUUGGUGAACCGUUGGCUCCUUUAUUGGGAAGCUUUGGUAUGACUCCUCUGCUUGCUGCUGUUUAUGUGGGGGCAUUACAGAAUAUUUUCAGCAAGAGUGCAAAGUACAGCUUGUUUGAUCCUUGCAAAGAAAUGGCAUACAUUCCUUUGGACGAAGAGAUGAAGGUUAAAGGGAAGGCAGCUAUUGAUGUUGUCUGCAACCCCUUGGGAAAAUCAGGAGGUGCCUUGAUCCAGCAGUUCAUGAUUUUGUCAUUUGGGUCUCUAGCAAACUCGACUCCGUACCUGGGAGGAAUCUUGCUGGUGAUUGUUCUUGCAUGGUUGGGUGCUGCAAGAUCCUUGGAUUCCCAAUUCUCUCCUUUGGCUAAACAGGAGCUUGAGAAGGAGAAAAUACUGAAAGAGAAGGAGAAAGAGCUUCCAAUCGACAUGACGAUGGACACUGAUGGGUUUGUUGCUGAAUCUGCGGCGAGCGAGAACUCAUCGAAUGGGUCACCUUUGAAGCAGGAAUCAUCUCCUGAAUCUGAGGGUUCGUCUGAAACGUCCACCAUUCGUCAAUAAUCGUUUCAGGUAGUCUCAGAAAGAACGAUGUUAGUGAUGUUACGAGGCAUUUGGUAAUUCAGCCUUGCGUCGUAGUGGAAUAAGAAGGAUUAUCGGUUUUAAUACAAUGUCCUACCUAAAUAUGUUGUUGUACUGCUGUUUGAGUAGUAGUUGGGGAAAAGAAUUGGAGAGGAAAUAUUUCAAUUUAUUGUAUUCUUUUUUGACAAGAUGCAAUGUUUCUUUCUAUUGCUGUGCCA